AUGUCCGACGACGAGUUUAUGAUGGACGACGCGGCCGAUGACGAGGAGUACGACUUUGACUACGAUGACGACGACGAUGAGGGCAUGGACGAUGAGGGUGGCGACGUCGAGAACCAGUACUACAAGGCCAAAUCUCUGAAGGAGGAUGACCCAGAAGGAGCUCUCAAGGCUUUCCGUGCCAUCGUUGACGACCAGUCCGACAAGGGCGAAUGGGGCUUCAAGGCGCUCAAGCAAAUGAUGAAGAUGAACUAUUUGAACCUCAACCGCCCAGAGGAGGCUCUCAAGAUCUACCGCGAGCUCCUUGGAUACACCCAAACGGCCGUCACGAGGAACUAUGCGGACAAGACCAUCAACAACAUUCUCGACUAUGUCGGUGGCGAGGGCAAGCACGCGGCGAUCUCUCCCAAGGUGUCCCUCGACACUCUCGAGGCAUUCUACGAGGCCACCCGCAUCGCUUGUGACGAGGCCAAGAAUGAGCGUCUGUCGACCAAGUCCAACCUCAAGCUCGCCAAGCUCUGGCUUGACCGCAAGGAGUACGCCCGUCUUGCUCCUGUUCUCAAGGGACUGCAUGCGACCUGCGAACCAGGUAGCGCUUCGUCGUCCUCAGAUGACCAGACCAGGGGCUCUCUCCUGCUUGAGCUGUACGCCAUUGAGAUUCAAAUGUACAGCGACUUGAAGGAGAACCGCAAACUCAAGGACAUCUACAACGCGGCCAUGACGGUGCGCAACGCCAUCCCUCACCCGCGCAUCAUGGGUGUCAUUCGCGAGUGUGGUGGCAAGAUGUGGAUGAUGGAAAAAUCAUGGGACAAGGCGUCGACAGAUCUGUUCGAGUCGUUCCGCAUGUACGACGAGUCGGGCUCGCCUCAGCGUAUCCAGGUCCUCAAGUACCUCGUCCUGACCUACAUGCUCAUGGGCAGCGAGAUCAACCCCUUUGACUCUCAGGAGACCAAGCCAUACAAGAACGACCCGCAGAUUGUUGCCAUGACCUCGCUCGUCUCUGCCUACCAGGCGCGUGACGUCAAGGAGGCUGAAAAGAUUCUCAAGGUCAACAAGGCCACGAUCACUGCCGACCCAUUCAUUCGCUUUUUCAUUGACGAUCUCCUCCGUUCACUUCGUACAGAGUACAUUGUGGACAUUAUCAAGCCAUACACGCGCAUGAAGCUCGACUUUUUGGCAGAGACCCUGAGCCUCUCCAACAACGAGGUGGAGAGCCUCGUUGUGUCGCUCAUCCUCGACGGCCGCAUCAAGGCCAAGGUAGACCAGAUCAACGGUAUCAUUGUCCUCGAGCGAUUCCACGCCGACUUGAACUCCCGCUAUGCGGCUCUGGACAAGCUGUCUGGCGAGCUGAGUUCGCUCUCCUCGCGUAUUGUCAAGGACAAGCUGGUUCGCGACGCUCCUCGCGGCUGGAUGGGUUCCAUGGAGGGCUUUGCAUAA